AUGUGUGAUUGGGGAGCGGCAGAUGCUUAUGAAGUGAAAGCACAUAUGGUCAAACCGGGCACAUUUGAUAAAAAGAAAGAGUCGACAAUGAUCAAUGAUGAGACGAAAGUGACGUGUCAAGAAUGUUUCCAAGAAAUGAAAACUGAGGAUCGUCAAAUACAUGUUUACCGACAUCAUCUGAAGGAGCCAAGAUUGUACGAGUGUCCGCUUUGUGAUUUUUCUCAUCAUGCUUGUUCCAGCGAUGUUCGAGCUCAUAUAAAGUUCACUCAUCGUGACAACGCUGACGUUUUACCUCGAGCCAAUCUCUUACAAUACUCGCAACAGAUUGCUGAAUGGAAUGAUCGCUGCUUUCCUGGAUGGAUCAAUAGAAAAUUGCCGGCUAGUGUUAUGGAAGACUUCAACAGGUGUCGACUUUGUGACGAAGAUGUACGACAGACGUCACGGCACAUUGCUGAAGCACAUCUUAUGAUACAGCUGCAUCAAUGUCCUUUGUGUGAAUAUGGUGCGCCAGAGUCACGCCUGGUGAAGAGACAUCUAAAGAAUAGUCAUGAUGAGCUGGAAAUGGAACCGAUUGCAAAUGUGGUGGUGCGAAGAGCUGACUUCUCUGCGCUGCACGAUAAAUGCUUUCCUGGACGACCGAAGCGCCUUUCAAACAUCACCAUCUCU